CAGCUGCCAUUUUUGACAAGUCUUUUAAGUCCAUUUUGCCUCCCAGUGGCGUUACACGCGUUUAGUCGUAACUCUAAUAAACGCAACGAUGUCGGGAGGAUUAGACGUAUUAGCCCUCAAUGAGGAAGAUGUCACGAAGAUGCUUGCAGCAACAACCCAUCUUGGGUCUGAAAAUGUCAACUUCCAGAUGGAGACGUAUGUUUACAAGCGCCGUGCCGAUGGCACCCAUGUUAUCAAUCUCCGCCGUACAUGGGAGAAAUUGGUGCUCGCUGCUCGUGCUGUAGUGGCUAUUGAAAACCCAGCGGACGUGUUCGUUAUCUCUUCUCGUUCUUUUGGACAGAGAGCUGUCCUUAAGUUUGCCGCACACACUGGAGCUACACCAAUUGCCGGCCGUUUCACUCCUGGUGCAUUUACUAACCAGAUUCAAGCUGCAUUCCGUGAGCCACGUCUGCUGAUUGUUUUGGAUCCUGCUCAGGACCACCAGCCUAUCACUGAAGCCUCCUAUGUCAAUAUUCCAGUCAUUGCAUUCUGUAAUACUGAUUCACCACUUAGAUUUGUUGACAUUGCUAUUCCAUGCAACACUAAGUCUUCUCAUUCCAUUGGUCUGAUGUGGUGGCUCUUGGCUCGCGAAGUUUUGCGACUACGCGGCGUUCUCGCGCGUGACCAACGCUGGGACGUGGUGGUCGAUCUAUUCUUCUACCGCGACCCUGAAGAAAGCGAGAAGGAGGAACAGCAAGCUAAAGAACAGGCUGUGGUGGCAGUGAAGCCUGAGGUGCCAGCCCCCGUUCACGAGGACUGGACGGAGACCGUGGAGCCGGUUGCGUCGUGGGCUGAAGACGCCGCCCCCGCUGCCCCCGCGCCUGCCUUCGGAGCCCCGGCCCCUCAGGAGGACUGGGCUGCUCAGGUACAUGACGAAUGGGGAACUGCAGCUGCGGCGACAACUGGAGCGCCCGCUCCGGCACCUCCUACGGCCGCUCCUUCAUGGGGAGGCUCACCUGACUGGAGCGCUUCGUAAACUUAGCGUUUAUAUCUGCUAAUAAACACUUAAAUCUAGCCUGUUGCUUUUAUUUAAAGGACAAUGGGCAAAACACAC